AUUCUCUCCUCCCUCCCUCCCAACUCUACCAAUAGCACUUCGACUAUCUUCUUACACUUCAUUUUUACUUUUUGUUUUCUGGUUCUCUGCAAAUCACACUAAAUCUCUGUAACCAAACGCCAACUUUGUAACCCUAGCUAAUGAAGUUUGGGAAGAGAUUGAAGCAGCAAAUGCAUGGGACGUUGCCGGGUUGGCGCGACAAGUUCUUGUCGUAUAAGGAUUUGAAGAAGCUUGUGAAGCUGAUUUCUUCAGAUACCAUGUUGUUGGAACAGGCAUCAGAGUACGGCAAAACUGAGGCUGAGUUUGUUUACUUGUUGAACGAUGAGAUUGAGAAGUUUAAUGCGUUUUUUAUGGAGCAAGAGGAGGAUUUCAUUAUCCGGAAUAAGGAAUUACAGCAGAGAAUUCAAAGAGUAAUUGAUAAAUGGGGGCCAAAUGGAAGACAGCCUUCAAUGACUAAAUAUGAAGAGGAAAUGGGCAAAAUUAGGAAGGACAUUGUUGAUUUCCACGGCGAGAUGGUGCUCUUGGUGAACUACAGCAACAUCAAUUACACAGGGUUGGCUAAGAUACUGAAGAAGUAUGACAAGAGAACAGGUGGCCUACUGAGAUUGCCAUUCAUUCAAAAGAUUUUGGAGCAGCCAUUUUUUACAACUGACAAUAUCUCAAAGCUGGUCAAGGCAUGUGAAAGCACCAUAGAUGCAGUGUUCCCAGUGGAGGAAGAAGAGAGAAAAAGAGAAGUGAAAGAAGCAGUAACGGUCGCCGGAGAAGGAAUAUUUAGGAACACAGUUGCAGCCCUACUCACCAUGCAAGAGAUUAGAAGAGCAGGCAGCUCUACUUAUAGCCAGUAUUCUCUUCCACCUCUGAAUUUGGAUGCUGACAGCUCUGAUCUCACCAAGUUAUUCCAACUGAGCCCUCCCAUACCUAUUGUUUAGUUAAAGGAGCUAGAAUUAAAUUAAUUGGAGUUAUAUAUAGCACAAGAACUGGAACAUGUCGAAUUUAUGUUUUUUUUUUUUUGUUGUUGUUAAUUCUAGGCAAUAUUUUUACUCUAAGCUAGACCGCAAAGAGGAGGACAAUUUGGACUUGAGGAUGUAGUUGCAUGAACAGGAAGACCGUAUCUGCUAUCCUUGGGUAGCUGGAGAAUAAUUAAUGUGCUCACUAAUUAGUAUUUUUAUAUAUC